GUAGCCAUUCAUGAUGCAGCUGAUGCAAUGAUCCUCUCCACCUCCGCCGGCCAAUCGAAACGAAGGGUCCCUCCGAGUGAGGGUGGCACGCUGUCUUUCCUCACAAACAGCCAGAAAGGCUCGUCGGAUUGGUUGUCGUCUGGAGAAUCAGUUUUGACAAAGUGCACCCGGUCCCUGAUCUUCUUUGCGAGCAGCCCAAGCACGAAGUGGACGAUGCUGCUGAUGACGGGGGAAGCCCGCAACACAUACACACGCCGCAGCUUGCAGGGGAAGCUCUCCUUCCACAUCAUGACGCCUCUCUUGAUGUCCGCCAGAGUGAAGUGGCGCAGCAGCCCCAAUGUGAUGCCGCCCACGUCGAACACGAGAGCGACGCCGUGCUGAUGGCAGGCCGGAUCAUCCGUAAGCAGCUCCAUCAGAAAGCAACCUGAAGAAAACGCACAGCAACGCAAUGCAGACAGGCGAGGAAACACACACACAGCCAUUGCAAUAAUGCAUUGCCCGGCUGCUCAUGCGUCCACUUACCCAUCUUCUGAAGGCUUUCGAUGGAGAUGCGCUGCUGGGGAGUGAUGCGAGCGUUGAUGCUGUCCAGUACCUUCCCGUUAUACACGAGCAUCGGCCGGCCAUCAAUGUCCCUGACGCAUACCAAAGGAGACCAGACCAGAUAGACCGACGGCAUGUGUCUGCAAUGGAUUGCAGUGGUGCUCCUCCCCUCCGCAUGUACCUUGUCGGUCAUGUACCUUGUCGGUAGGAUCCAGUGCAGCCCGCUGAGUAGAGCCGCCUUGACGUCCUCAGUGCACUCGAUGCGAUACGGCCACCCAGCUGAGUCGCGAAAGCGUGAGAAGUUCCGGGCCACAGUGGCGGCUUCUUGCUGGUGCCAGUCGCGGCACAUCAGACACUUGCGCAGGAAGGAAUCGGAGAGCACCAGCGGCUCCAGUUCAGCAGCAAGCUGGGCCACCCGUUGCUGCGCCUCAUCUUCGUCUUUCGGUGGAAUGGCGGCCUCCUUUGUCCUUGACGUGAGUGCGCUUUGCAGAUAGUCCACAACGUCCUUCAGCAUUGCUUCACACAAAAAAAUGGGAUGAAAGAAAAACUUGAUUCACGCGUCUGUACAGAUGCCAGUGUGGCUCACCUCGUUCCAAAGCAUCUCCCGCGUGCGAGAUCUUCCU